AUGCAUUCUAUAUUGGAAAAUGAUGGAAUCCUCAGCGAUCCCUAUGAGGUUCUCUGUUGCAUGAGCACACUUAUAAUCGAGGGAAGAAUUCCCAAAGUGACAUACGAUUCUUCAAAUUCAUGCGAAACUGCCACAAAAUUGAUAAAACCGUACAAUGAAGGACCCCACUGUCCAAAUCACAUAAAACUAUAUUCGAAGGACACGCAUAAAUGUACAGAAAACAACAUUCUUUGCAUUCGUUACAAUAAUCUUAGGCAACAUUUGCAAUACCUUCAUUGCACGUCGCCAUCCAUAGCCGUAGAAGUUUCACUCGGACCCGAUUGUCUUUGCGGAGAAUUAAGGAGUCAAUCGACAUUGGUAUCCACUCAACCAUCCAAACGAGAUGCAACAUUAGAACAAUGGAUAAUAACGAUAGAAUCAAAACAGUGUCAAGAACCAUUAUCUCCGAUGACGGUUUCAAGUGUUUAUCAAGCAGUAAGAUCCCUUCUUCAUUUUUCACAAUUAACAGCAUGGUACAUGAGCACAAACGGUACGAAACCCGCUCACAUAAUAUACAGGGUCGUGUCUUUAGAUGAUGCCACUUAUAUUGCUGAUGACAAUUUUAUCAGUCACAAUUUGCCAAUUGUAGACAUCAAUAAAAACGUGUCACUCAAGAUCUCAUUAAAAACGUUGCCUCGCAGAGAGAAAAUCCCAAUCGUAUGUUGUCCCCAGCAUUCGGAUUCUUCCACGGAUUCAUCCCCUUUGGAAUCAUCUUCCCUCGAAGAACAUUCAAAAGAGAAAAAUUGUUCGAGUUCGAAACCCGUACACUUGAGCCUGAGCGCGGAAACCAAACCGGAAAUAUUAAACACGACGUUACCAUUGAAAUUUCAAGGAGUUAGAAAAAAAACGAAUGAAGCACAGGAGAGAAAACGGAAAAAACACAUAAAUUUAUAUAGCGCACCAUCUCCGAUAAGUUUAGACGAACACUCGGAAAUAGAAAUACUCGAUGGAAUGCCCGUCGAAAUAAAAAAAGUGACCUCGUUGGAAGAAUCAAAUAUUUUAAGCAAUAAAAGAACCAUGUUUUCGGAUAAAUCAAUGAAUGGUUAUCUGGGAGAAACAUCCGAAGCGGAUAUAAAAAAAUCAAAACCGUCAAAAUUGUUGGGAAAUUUUACGAAAUUGAUGGAACCCGAUCGUGAAAAUUUUGAAAAAUUCGACACGUUCACGAGCAAUUAUUUCGAACAGCAACUCGUUAAUAAUCAUCCUCAAUUAGAUUUAAAAUUCGGUUUAAAUAGUUUAAGUGAUUCUAAAAUGAAUAGUGAUUUUCGGACGAAAAGCAAAAUGAAAAGUAGCAACAACAGCAACAGCAACAGCAACUGUGAAUCGGCAUUAGAUAAAGUAAACACGGUCGAUAAUAAAUCCGUAAUGGAUAUUUUAGAUGAUCGGAUGCAGAUAUCGUGUGCCAUUUCCGGUAAGCAUCACUGCAAGUGGGAUUGCGACGAAGAAAACGAUUUAACCACUCCGGGUGAAAAUGUGGAAAAACCGAAAAGGAGGAGAUCGUUGAGCAGAGUCAAACCAUCGGAAGUUGUAGACGAUUUGAGAUUGGGAAAUUCCGAUUCCGAAAAAGUGCUUCACGGUAAAUUUAAAGAAGUCGAAACUUGUUCAACGGAUUUUUGCACACCUUUAAAUGAAAACGAAGAAGGAGAAGAAGAAGAAGAAGCAGAAGCAGAAGAAGGAGGAGGAGGAGAAGGAGCGAUUGAUACGGAUGAAAAAUCAUUGCUCACUACAAAUUUUCCGGAAAAAUUACAAAAAUCAUUUCCCGAAAACAAACAAAAUCCAAUCGUUAAUUUUAACAAUCCGAUACAAAUCCCCGAAGAAAAAGAAUCUACAAAUUUUUUAUUAAAUUGUUUGAUAAAGUCGGAAGAAGAAAAUGGAGAACAAGUGGAUAAUAAAAAACCGAGCACUUCGUCACCUCGAAAGGAAAAAGAAGAAAUACCUUUGUCGCCAUCUUCGAAAUGGAUUCGAAGAGAAAGUUUCGAAUCUUUUAGAAAAGGUUGCGACAUGGCUCGAGAUAGAUAUUCGGAUUACAGUACGGAUUCUGAUGAUGAAUUUUCAGACAAUCAUUCGGAAACGUUAAAUCCUUUUCUCGCGGCUAUAAUAAGAACAUCAAAAAGAUCAUCAUCAUUAUCAACAUCAUCAUCAUCAUCAUCAUCCAAAACGUUUAAAAUGGAAUCGAAAUCAAAAUCGAGUCAAAAUUCAUGUGAUAAUAGUUUAGAAAAUAAAUUUAUAAAUAAACGGGAAGAUGUAAAUUUAGAAAAAGCUCCCACGAAUAGUAGUAAUAGUAAUAAUAAUAAUAAUAAUAAUAACAAUAGUAACGGCAACAAUAAUAAUAAUAAUAAUAAUAUUAAUUCGAAUAAGGAUUCAUCUGCCGGUACGAAAAAAUUAAAAGAUCCUUUUAAAAGUUAUUUAGCGUAUAAAAGUAAAAUUGAUAUGAAAACCAAAGGUGAUAAAUGCAAUAAAAUGCAUUUGAACAAAAGUUUGACGGAGGAGGGACGUGGAGUAGGAGGAGGAGGAGGAGGAGGAGGAUGCAUUUCCAGAGACUGUAAAAAUUAUUUAGAUCUCAGAUUUCACAGGAAGAAACCGAGCGCGGUCAAAGAAUUAUACGCUUCCGGUUCUUCUUCUAAAUCCAACGAAGAUUCGAAUUAUCCCAAAUUUACUCAAGGGAAUUUAUCCGGUUUGAAAUCGAUUUGUAAGAAACUGGAUUUGAAACAGGAAGGGAAAAUGAUCGAUUUAAUUGAUAAAAGCAAUAAAUGCAAUAAUAUAAGUUCCAAUAAUAAAACCAUUCCAGUACCUUCUGCCCAUGACAAAUUGAAAUUCAGACGUUCAUUGGAUUCGGCUGCUCAACUUGUUUUCCACCGUUGUUCCGGUCUUCCUCUCACAUCGUCUCCAGCUCCAGUGAGGAGAAAUAAUAAUAGUUUUUCAUUCGAUUCCUCGUUGAAUUCCGUAUCUGCGAUUAAAAGCGCUUUGUUCGAACCCGCAAAUUCUCUCAGUUCGGAAGAUGAAAAUGAAUCGGAAGGAAGUUUAAAAAGUCCCGCGAGUCCAGGGGCUUGGUCGGUUGUUUCCAAACAAAUAAACUACCUCAGUCUUUCACCUUUGCCAUUAUUAGGUUCCUUCGAAGAAAGUGUUUUGAAUGGCAGGUUGGAGCCCGUAUCGACCGUUCAAGGUUUUACGGCUGAAUUAGGUGCAAGCGGAACGUUUUGCCCGCGACAUUUGCACCUUCCCGUUACCGUUUUCUUUUACACUUUAGGAGAUAACGAUAAAGUUUCCGCACCUUAUUUGGGCCACAUAAAUUUGGGGAAAAAAGGAUACAACGUUCCGCGUUCGGGAACGAUUCAAGUGACUUUGUUCAAUCCGCUAAGAACUGUCGUGAAAAUGUUUGUCGUCGUCUACGAUCUCACCGACAUGCCGGCAAAUUCUCAUACGUUUCUAAGACAGAGAACGCUUUACGUACCUACAAAUCAAAAAUCCUCCGCCUCCUCCUCCUCCUCAGGUUACGUCAAAGGAAAAGAAACACCGUUCGAACAAGAGGAUUAUCACAAAUAUCUCAGGUAUCUCAUACACUUGAGAUUCGUGAGCGGUAAAACGGGAAGAAUAUACCUUCACACGGAUAUAAGAAUGGUGAUAUUUCGAAAAGCAGACGAAGACACGGCGACGGCACUCGGAAAACAAGCAGAUGGAGAAACAUACGAGUUAAGAUCUCACACUCACGGACCCAUAAAUCCAAAAUUUUCUCCCAGAAAAUAA